AGCCAGUCUCGUUAUUUUUAUGCAUAAUUUUGGGGACUUGAUUGCAACCAUGGCGCAAACCGAGACAACCCCCAUUACUGUACCUGCUGAGCAACAAGGUCCUCAGACCAGGCCGGUAGAGCCUGAGAGGCGCCUAAAAGACAGUGAUAUCCGAAUGGAAAUAUGCACAGUAGACGAUGCAAUGGCGCUUGCACAAGGACUUCGCGCCUGCUAUUCUGAAGAAACCUGGGACAAGAAAGAGCCGGCCGCACAGGGUCGCCCAGAUUCCGCUAGAGUAGAGCGCUUAGCCCAACGCCUUGUUCCUGUGCUCGCACAUUCCGAGUUCACCGUCAUCAAAGCCGUGCUCGCCUCGACAGGCGAGGCCAUUGGUGCAGCGUGCUGGGGUCGUCCAGAUAAAAACAUCGCCCAUGACCCCUUUCGCCGCAGCGCCAUCUCAUUCUACAAUUGGCAAGAAUCGCUAGGCUGGAGUGACGCGUUCGUCGACGAGUUGUGGUCGGGUGUGACAGACAGUUGGCACCAAGGGCAGGCAAAGGACGACGAGGAGCGGGCGCAGAUCAUGAAGGGCGAGGCGCAUUGGUUCCUUGCGCUGCUCAUCACGUGGCCGGACUUCCAGGGCCGCGGGGUUGCGAGGAGACUGCUUGACUGGGCGAUUAAGCAGGCAGACGCAAAGGAGCCACCAACGCCCAUGUAUCUCAAGUCGAGCAAGAUAGGGAGGCGGGUGUAUAUGCACGUGGGGUUUGUGCCUGUGGGGGAGAAUACGAUGGUUAGGCGGGGACGGGUGGAGUAGUGUAGUUGUGGUGGUGGCGGCGGUCUUGACUCGCUGGUGCGGCGGGAGUGACAUGUCUUCGUAUACACGAUGCAGAUGCACAAAAUAAUCGCCUAGCCACAUUUCCGUAAUCGCGUAGUUAGAUGCACAAGACGCAAAUGAAGAUGGACAUGAUGGUCAGGGACAUGAGAUG